ACAGAGGAAGCGUUGUACUGAGUCCUUGUGUAAGUGUCGCAAUAGAGCUGUGAAUGCCUGCGCUUAUUUCUCGCGUACCAGCGCUAACUGAGGCUCACACACACACACACACACACACCAACAGGAUCUUUGCAAGCAGCAUGCAUUAACUCUGUGUACCAUGUAAUUCUGGAUUAGUGACCUACAGUGUAGCCUUUACGGAGCUGAAGGUACAGCACAGCAGCUUGGUGGCUCACGGCUUUAGUGAGUGUUUCCUGGCUUGAAUGCGACUCGAUUGCAGCUGGAGCAUGUCCAUUGCAGGCUUGACUGCCCAGGAGAUUUGUUUACCCCCGCAAAGCCUCUUCCUGCAUAGCAGUCAAUGCCAUAGCAUGUCCAGAGCCAAGCCCUCCUGGAAAUGCGACCAUGAUCUUGACAACUUCUACUUCAGUGUCGAUGCCUCUGUAAAUUGCAAUGUCCAAUCCAGGCAACAGGUGCCAUCAUUCUUAACAGGAGACAAACACAGAGUCAAUUCCUAUUCCCUGCACAGUCCUGGAGCCCAACCUUUGCCUCCCAAAAAGUCCCGACCCACACAGCUCUGCAUCUCCUCCACGUUUGUCUCCCACACCCCCAGCCCCGUUGAAGAUGACCAGGUGGUCCCUGGCUUGCAACGUCUCUCUGUAUCUGACCAUAUCUCCCCUCCUCAGACACCUAGCCGGGCAGCGAAACCUCUUCCCCCAAUCCCUUGCUCUGUGGACUUAUCUUCUGACCAGACUGUGGACAAUGAGCUAGAGUUCUUAAGUGGAGAUGACAGUCGUUGUUUGGUAUCUGAUUCUUGUCCGAAACCUUCCCACUUCCGGUAUGGAAUGCACAGUCGACGGAGUUUAAGGGACUGUGGACAAAUCAAUUACGCCUAUUUUGAAGGGCCAGUACCCCAUCAAAGGAAGCAACAGCAGCAGUCAAAGAAAAAGCACGAACAUGAGUCACAGGAAAGCCUUCUUCCGCAGCAAAGGGAACCGGAACAACAUGAACACCAUCAGCAUAAAACGACAUGUCUGCGGCAACAAGAGCGUGCCCAACGCAAGCUCCGACGCUCCCAUUCAGGCCCCGCAGGCUCCUACAACAAACCUUCUGCCCUUCGCCUGUCCUGUCAUCAGCGGAACACCCAAGACCUGGACAAACCCGAAGUCCCUCCUCGGGUCCCCAUUCCCCCGCGGCCCAUCAAGACUGGAGACUACCGCCGCUGGUCAGCAGAGGUCACCGCUGGGACAUGCAGCGAUGAUGACCGACCUCCCAAAGUACCCCCUAGAGAACCUCUGUCCAGCUGCACGCCUCGUGCGCCGAGCCCCAAGAGCCUCCCCAUUUACCUCAACGGGAUCAUGCCACCUACCCAGAGCUUUGCCCCAGACCCCAAAUAUGUGAGCCGAGGUCUGCAGAGGCAGAACAGCGAGGGUUCCCCGUGCAUUUUACCCAUCAUGGAAAACGGCAGGAAGGCCAGCACUACGCACUACUUCCUGCUCCCGCAGCGGCCCACGUAUCUAGACAAGCACGAGAAGUACUUUGUGGACAGUGCUGCGAGUCGAACGACUGAGGCGUCAGGCUCCAAUCUGGACUGGUCAUGUGACAGCAAGAAGAAAACACACUCAGAACUUGUAUAAGGCGAAGUUUAUAGGACAUGGACAAUGCUUCAUUGUGUGAGAACCAAGAGGACUCUUCUGCUGUUCCUAAGCAGUUGUUAUAGAUUUACUCUAGUUUUUGAAAAAAAAAAUGUAGGGUAAGUUCCAUACAACAUGCAGUUACUGAUGUUUUUGUUGUUGGUCACAAAAUGGAGGCACAUCGAUGGUAAAAGUGCUGCUGCGAAGGCACUGGUCACUCAGUAACAUCCUAGAAUGAUUAUCUUUUAUACAGUUUAUUAGCUCAUUGUUCAUUAUGUGAAACCCAAGUGUUUAAAAUGCAGAUUAUGGUGCAGUAGAUGGGUAUGAGCUGGUCUGGUACCUCAUUGUAUUCAGUGUUUUUUUUUUUUUUUUUUUUUUAUUUUACAGACUAUGUUGCUAGUAGUCAGGUAUUGCUUUGAAGAUUGCUGCUUCUGUGGGCGGUGGCGAGCCGCAGAGCGUCAUAGGUGAAACUGUGGAGGGACGCUGAGUCAGUAGAGCAUCUGUUCAGUUUGUGUUGAACAUUAAAUAUGAAGUACACCAAGGCCGAGUUAUUUUGUGGCCGGAUUGAAGGAUAUUCCAUAUGAAACCUGACUGUUCCAUUGUGAAUAAAUAGGCAUGAAGUUGAAAAUGUAUGCUGUUUAGCCUCCUGGAUCACUAGUGCUCUUAGCUGUUGUAUGGAAGCUCUGUGUGUGUGUGUGUGUGUGUGUGUGUUAGAGACAGAGAGAGAGAGAGAGAGAGAGAGAGAGAGAAUGCAUAUGGAUGGCCCAUCUUUGUGGCAUACCUUUGUCACUUUUGAUUGUAAAAACUACAAUGUGCAUGUUACAUAGGAAUGGUUUAAAUGUAGCAUUUGUGUUCAUCGUUGUGCAUGGACAAUAUUUGCAAUUUCGCAAUGGUUCACAUUCAGGAAUAUUUUCCACAAUGCUUCACCCACAACAUUUUUUUUUGCUUGAAAACAGGCAUAACACAAGCUUAAUGUUGCUGAUUAACUGCAGUUGCUGCAAGUUUCUUUGAUAGAAUAUGCAAACAAUAUUAGAUCUGAUGGUUCCUUAUAAAAGCAGGUUGGUAGUGAAAACAUCCAAACCUGGCUUGUAUAAACAGGAGCUCCUCCCUCUUGUUCCUGUUAUAAAUUGCAAAACUACCUCUAAUGUGACUUUUGAAACUUUGGGGGCAAUCAAAAUCUUUGAUCUAUUGCUCAUUACAGAGUGAAUUAAAAAAAAAAAAAAAAGUAAAUCCAACCUGCAAUCUUCACUUCAUUCUUUAAAAAAAUUCCAGGUGUAAAAUUGCCCUCAUGAACUUCCCAUGAAUGAUUUGAGUUUUUGAGUUUCUUUCUGAAGCUCAGCCCUGCAUAUUUCUGUGUUGCGCAAAAAUCCGGCUGUUUUUAAACCUAGUCUUUCUCUCUAGCUGUUGUCUUUCAAAAGCUGCAAACAAGCUGUGAGUCAGAGUUGUGAAUAGGCCUGUCCUACCUCCCAUAAUGGGAAUGAAAAAUCAUUCUCUUUAUUAAUAUCCCAUUAUCUCGGAACGAUAACGAAUUAUUCAUGGACUCAGUAGACAAAGCGUUUACUUUCUGAAGCCGUUUCCUCUUCGAUAUACUUCCAAGAAUACCAUUAGCUCUCCAUUUUUGAUUACACAGUGACCACUCAUAAACCUUGGCUCAAAUUAGGAACCUUUCCAAAAGCUGUAUUUAAACCCGUACACAUAGCUCCAUCCACAUCUAGUACAAUUGGCCGACUCAAACAAAACAGACUUUCCUGUUCUGUGUACAUGCAUACCUAUCAGACGUGAUUGCUGUGGGUGUGGGCCUCGGAGACUUUGGCUGCUGGCAGCGGGUAAAUGAGUUGUUUUAUUGUUAUAUAUUGUUAUAUAAUGGUUAUACACCAUUGUGAUUACUCAGUAAAUGUAGCAGGUGCAUCAUAGUUACCUUGAAAAUAAUGAUUUAAAAAACAAAAAACAAGCUCAGAGGUCAAUCACCUACACAGAGAUUGGGAACGUACGUAACUGAUGCCACUUUUAAUUUUUGUAUUGUCCCUUGUUUUUGUUUUUUUUUUGUUGUUGUUGUUGUUGUGUUUUUUUUUUUUACAAAAUUCAUUUAUCAGAAAAUGUUUACAUUGUACUAUUUAAUCUUUGACCUGUUUCCUGUGUCUUAUCUAAAAGAAAUGAAGGCAAGUUCAAGAAGAAAUGAUUGAUGUUCUCUGCUGUCGUGUGGAACAAGCGAAAAAAUGCACUGAGAGAGAGCAGUAUAUGUAAUGUGUAAAAGUAUUUAACACAGUCCUCCUCCUAGCUACACUGAAUAGUGCUGUGUGUAGUAUAGCUCCUAAAGGUUUAAAAAAAAGAAAAUAAACACUUAUUUAUGAACCGUG